AUGUCUAAGUUCUACACCUUCACACCAACUGACAACAAGGGAAAGCCUUUCCCUUUGGCAGACCUCAAGGGCAAGGUUGUCCUCGUGGUCAACACCGCCUCAAAGUGCGGCUUCACCAAGCAGUAUGCCGAGCUUGAGGAAAUAUACAAGAAGUACGAAGAUCAAGGAUUUGUCAUCGUUGGUUUCCCUUGCAACCAGUUCGGCCACCAGGAGCCAGGCACUGAGACCGAGAUUGCCUCUUUCUGCAAGCUUAACUUCGGCGUCACCUUCCCAUUGAUGAAGAAGAUCGAUGUCAAUGGCCCUAACGCCGAUCCUCUAUACGUGUGGCUCAAGGACGAGAAGCCCGGCUUACUUGGAUUCAAGGGCAUCAAGUGGAACUUCGAGAAGUUCUUGAUCGACAAGAGUGGCAAGGUUUACCAGAGAUACUCUUCUAUCAAGACGCCAACCAAGAUCACCGGCGAUAUCGAGCAGUUGUUGAAGCAGUGA